GAAGAGAAAAAUCAAGACUUUUUUCAUCAGUUUUCAAGAAUUGUUUCUGUGAUGACCAUACUCUUUGGAGUGCUUAAUCAAUAAGUGUUCCUCCACAACCCAACAUAGAAGUGAGGCUUCUUUUAUCAACAAACCCACACCAUCUUUUUUUUUUCUUUUUGCUUCCCUCCAAAACGUUUUCACCCAUAAAACCAAAAAUUGCUGCUAUUUUUUGUCUCUAGAUAUUAAUAGAAUCUCCAACUUCGAACUAGUCUUUCCAAUAUAUAAGACGAAAAUUUAAAGUUGAAACAAGUAAAGUUCCUUUCUUGGUGACACCUGGUAACGGCAGAUUAGCUUUUCACAUUGCUUGUGGUGUAGUUUGGAAAGUUUCAGCUUUAAACUUUGGGGAAUACUUCAGUUCCUAGCAUCAAGAUUUGUUUUUUAAUUGUGAGGUUGCUUAAUUUUGACUGAUUUGGGUGUAUGAAAGUGUUCUGCAUUUUGGGGUUGCUGGAAUUUUGCCAUUUCUGAGCAGAUUUUGAUGCACCCGUUUGUUUAUGGAUUCUGAGGUUGCUGAAUUUUGCAAGUUGUCAGCAGAUUUUUAUGUUUGUUGCUGAAUCUGGAGUUCAAUUGAAUUUGAGUUCUCUUGAUUUGGAUUAAAAUUGUUUGCAAAGAUUGAAUUUUUGAACCCUAAGGUGAGUCAGUCAAGUGGUUCUGGAGUUCAUCACAUGAAAUGGAUAGUAAUGGUCCUAAUGGCAAUCAGAACACAAGGCAUUUGGAAGUACCUAGCAAUGCUGAUGAACGGUGUGAUGCUACUCUUUCCGAUGAAUUAGAUGGCUGGAGAACAAGUACUUCAUCACUUGUGGACAUUAGGUCUUCAGAUGAGCAUUCUGAUGAGUGUUUGACUCCAGAAAUGAAAUAUCAGAGAACACAGCCACUACAGCCUUCUUUAGUUUUGGAGAGUCCUGAGUCAAAUGGUCGGACUUCUAGUGCUCCACCUCGAGCUCGGAGAGGUUUGGAGCACUGCAUUACUGCACCUGUGACUAUUCACAGAAGUCUUUUCCUUGAAGGCCAGGAUAUGGCAUUUUCAAGAUCUUUGACUGAGAGGAGGGAUAGUCCUAGACAUAAUCAAAUAUUGGAUAGACUUUCUGAACGUGGAAAGCAAAAGCUCAUUGUGGAGCUGGUAAGGAUUCAAAGGAAUGGAACAGUGGAGGUUGACCUUACUAAGAGUACACCUGAAACUUCUGAAUUGUUGGAGCUGCGAUCUGUUGAAGGACUCAGUCCUACUGUAGACAGGAUUAUCACGGAUUUUAAUAAGUCAGUUCCAAAGUUGAAAAUUGCGGUGCUUGUUGUUGGAACCAGGGGAGAUGUUCAACCAUUUUUGGCUAUGGCCAAUAGACUUCAGGUGUUUGGUCAUCGUGUCAGGCUGGCAACUCAUUCUAACUUCCGCGAUUUUGUCAAAUCAGCAGGCAUAGACUUCUACCCAUUGGGCGGUGAUCCUCGGAUAUUGGCAGGAUAUAUGGCCAGGAACAAAGGUCUCAUUCCUUCUGGACCAGGAGAGAUAUCUAUACAACGAAAGCAGCUAAAGGCUAUAAUUGAAUCUCUUCUUCCAGCUUGCACUGAGCCAGAUACUGAAACUGGUGAACCUUUCAAAGCACAAGCGAUUAUUGCAAAUCCUCCUGCUUAUGGACAUGCACACGUUGCUGAAGCUCUUGGGGUACCCCUCCACAUCUUCUUCACAAUGCCCUGGACGCCAACUUAUGAAUUUCCUCACCCAUUGGCUCGUGUACCUCAAACUGCUGCGUAUUGGCUUUCCUACAUAGUCGUGGAUUUACUGAUCUGGUGGGGCAUAAGAGGUUACAUCAACGAGUUUAGGAAAAAGAAGCUAAACCUUCCUCCUAUCGCCUACUUCAGUACGUACCACGGAUCAAUUUCUCACUUCCCAACUGGCUACAUCUGGAGUCCACAUGUUGUGCCAAAGCCUAAAGAUUGGGGCUCUUUGGUUGAUGUUGUUGGUUAUUGCUUCUUAAACCUUGGGAGUAACUACCAACCUCCUGAAGAAUUUACCAAGUGGAUCCAAAAUGGGUCUAAACCUGUAUAUAUUGGGUUUGGGAGCAUGCCUCUUGAAGAUUCCAUUAAAACUACAGAUAUAAUUUUGGAGGCACUAAAGAAUUCUGGGCAGAGGGGAAUUCUUGACCGAGGUUGGGGAGAUCUUGGUACUUUUCAAGAGAUCCCUGAAAAUGUUUUUCUUCUUGCGGAGUGCCCUCAUGAUUGGCUUUUUCCUCAAUGCUCAGCUGUGGUUCAUCACGGUGGCGCUGGAACCACAGCCGUGGGACUACGUGCUGGGUGUCCAACAACUAUAAUACCAUUCUUCGGUGAUCAAUUCUUUUGGGGCGAUAGAAUUCAUCAAAAGGGUCUGGGACCUGCCCCAAUUCCUAUUGAACAGCUUAGUGUGGAAGGACUCUCUGAUGCUAUAACAUUUAUGCUCCAGCCUGAUGUGAAAUCCCGAGUAAUGGAACUAGCUGUAUUAUUAGAGAACGAAGAUGGUGUUGCAGGUGCAGUUGAUGCUUUCCACCGGCAUUUGCCUUCAGAAAUGCCCUUGCCAACCCCGCCUCCUCAGGAUAUCGAUGGUCCAAAUCCAUUACAGUGGAUUUUUACAAGGAUUGGAAAAAUCUGUUGCCUGCCUUGUGGUUCUUAGCUCAGAGACUGCAUUUAUGGAAUAGUAUAGUUUAUGUUAUUGCAUAUUUUAUUUAUUAAUUGGUUGUAUCGAUUCAGCAUAUCAUUCUUUUUUUUGGCUUGAAGGAGAGCCUUGGAGAAACUAAUAAAGUAGCUGUCACGUGAUCAGGAGGUCACAGGUUUAAGCCUUGGAAACAGCCUUUGGCAGAAAUGCAAGGUAAGGCUGCGUACAAUAGACCCUUGUGGUCGGGCCUUUCCCUGAACCCUACGGAUAGCGGGAGCUUAGUGCACCGGGCUGCCCCAUUAUUUUUUUUGGCUUGUAAAGAAAUAAAGCAAGUUACAUGGUAAAGCUUUAUAUACAUAUUUAUUAGGUUUUACAUACUGAUACUUGUAAGUUGUAAUAACACCAUGCUCUUGGUUUUUGGGUGAAUGUUCUCUUUUUUCUUUUUUC